AUGCCUUCUCUAAUUUUCCAGACGAGGAGCUACGUCGUUUUUUCGGACGCCAACAAAAAGUACCAGACGGCGCCGCGGCUGCGCGCGGGGUCGGGCAAGCCCCCGUUCCUGCCGCGCUCCAACGCCAUCGUGGAGAGCGACAUCAUCAGCCCGCCCCCGUCGCCACCGCCGCCCAUCAACUGGAGCACGCUGCCGUCGCCCCGCUCCCUGUCGGCGGCCGGGCCCGCGCCCGCCCCGCCCACGCGCCUCCGCCGCCUCACGCCUUCGCCCGUCGGCACCCCGCAGGCGGCCGGCCUGCACGCGCGCAUCCCGCAGACCAAGUCCCUCGAGGACACCACGGCCAGCGGCACGCGCCGCUCCCAGUUCCAGAAGUACGACUCCUCCUCCUCGUCGUCCUCCUCCUUCGGCUUCCGCAGCCUGGACAGCAGCCUCAACGCGCGCGUCGCCAUGCCGCGCCUCUCCGAGACGGACUCGUCCAUGGGCGGCUACGAGGACGGAGACGAGGACGACAACCGCGACUCGUCGCUCAACCUCAGCGGAUUCUCCACCAUCACCGUCGUCAACUCGUCGCCGGACGUGCCCACCAUCACGGGGCACACCGCAUACGCCGGGCACGUGAGCAAAGACCGCGUUCUCGUCAAUGGAGAUAAGGUGUCGCCGUCGACGAUGAGGCACCGCGAAAACAGAUUGCACCACCAGAACCACAGACAGGAUCACCGUUCCACGCACCAUCGGCGUUCCCCAGGGUCGGACGGCAGCAACAAAAAAAUCGUCUCCAACGACUCUUCGUCGACCUCCUCUUCCAGUAGCAGCCCGGCGCGCACGGCGUCCUCGCAAGCGUUCCGCCGGCAGCCGGUGAAGCAGCAGCCUCCGCCGCAGCCCCAGCCGCCGCCCACGCCCUCGCCCGUGCCGCACGUGUACCACACGUGGGACGGCCGCAACCGCGUGCGACGCUCGCGCAGCCUCCAACUCCCAGAAACCAAGUCCCCCGGUACGAUGCCUUCUCCCGGUACAGCCGGCAGCCACACGCCCUCCGAGUACCAGUACUUCCUCGUGAAGAACUACCAGCAGCAGCAGGCGCAGCAGCAACAGUUGCAGCAACAGCAACAGCUGCAGCAACAACAGCAGCAGCAGCAGCAACAGCAGCAACAGCCAUCGUCGGGCCCGCCGCCGCAGCAGUCGCUCUACUAUCACCCGCAGUCGUUGCAGAGGGCGCUGCAACAACAGCAGCAGGAACAGCAACCCCCGCCGCCACCCGCGCCCGCCGAUCCGCCACACAGGGUGGUCGUGAAGAUCGGCAGCAGCGACCAACCAAGUGAACGCCCCAGGCGCUCGUACAUUCAGCACAGUAAGUCUGUUCAGAGAAAGACUCACUCGGAAGAACUCCACCACGAAAACUGGGACGCUGAGGAAGAAGCGCGCGUCAUCACGGAGUACCUGUACGGGACGCGCAGCCGCGCCGCGGCCCGUGCGCUGCUUAUGCACCGCUACCACGACAGCCGCGAGAGCCGCGAGCGCGAGCGCGAACAGGAGCGCCAACGCGAACAGGAGCGGCAGCGCGAGCGCGAACAGGAGCGCCAGCGCGAACAGGAGCGCCAGCGCGAACAGGAGCGGCAGCGCGAGCGCGAACAGGAGCGGCAGCGCGAGCGCGAACAGGAACGCCAGCGCGAGCGGGAACGCGAGCGCGAACGAGAGCGCGAACGGGAACGCCGCGAGCGCCAAGAAGCUGCGGAGGAGCGCCGGAAGAGCAAGUCGCAAGACGGUCCGGCCCCCGGCGGCGAGCCGGCCUUCAACGUCUUCUUCGUGUCGCCGCAGCAGAUCUCCGCGGCGGCGGCGCGCGCCAAAACCAAGGAGCAGCAGCAGCGCCAACGCCAGAAGGUGCUCCAGCGCGGCGCCACCACGCCCACCAUGGGCACCGCCCACUCCUCGGGCGGAGGCUCUCCCUUCUGCCCCAGCCCCGAGGUCAUCAACCCCUGCAACUCCAACACCUGCGACUUCUGGCCCCACUGCGCGCACCGAGACAGCCUCUACCCCCCGUCGUCCCACAGCAAAUCCUCCACCCCGUCCCCGUCCUCGUCGGCGAAGCUGCCUCCCUCCUCGUCCGCCUCCGCCACCAGCAUGCGCCUGUCGCAGAGCUACCCCAGCACCAACCCGCAGGUGGAGCGGCGCCGCAACGGCGCGCGGCGCCUGCACGACGAGGAGAAGAGCCGUCGGGUCGGCGUCGGCGGGGGCGGGGCCGGCGAGCGAGCCAACGGCCAGGCCACGCGCUCCUCUCCCGCCUCGCUGGACCGCGUCGACGAGUACGACGUGCACCUCGCCCGGAAGGCCAGCACCAUGCCGGUGGGCGGCGGGCUCAACGGCGGCGCCAUGGGCUACACGGAGCGCCUGCUGGCGGCGUCCGAGCUGGAGGAGAAGAAGGCCAAGUGGCGCAACGGCGACUACUCGUCGCAGCACUCGCAGAUCCCGCGCCGCACGCACCACGAGCGCGCCAAGGCCAGCUUGGACUCGGCGGUGUCGGCGGCGUCGCUGGAUCUGGAGGCGGAGCGCCUCAAGCGCGAGAUGAUGUACGGCAUGGGGCUGCACCGCAGCAACGGCGGCGCGGGCGCCGGCGUGUCGCUGGACUUCGACGAGGAGUUCCCCAUGGUGGCGAAGGAGCGCAAGGUGUCGCCGGUGGUGGCGAGCGCGCUGAGCACGAGCCGGUCGCCGUCGGCCGUGGGCGGGUCGGCGUCGUCGUCCUCGUCGUCGAGCGACGUGUGGGUGACGACGUCGGACCGCACGGUGACCAAGAGCCCGCGCACGCAGAAGAGCUCGGGCGCGUCCACGCCGCUGGAGGACGCGAGCAGCAAGCCGCCCUCGCGCGCGCCCUCCGGCGAGCGGGAGCUGCUGGUGUCGCGGCCCGGCAGCGCGCCCGCCGACCCCGACGAGCGCAGCCGCGUGCUGGACGCGCAGCAGCGCUCGCUCUCCCUGCCCAAGUCCUUCCUCUCCGAGCGCUACGGCUUCAAGACGGCCAAGCAAAGGUAG